AUUAUGCUAAUUGGUCUAGAGGUGGGUCCACAGCAAAGAGGCUCUCUAUUUGAGCUGCAGACACCUCCCUGUCUCCUAGAGUUCCUGUCCUUCCUUCUACCAUGUGGCUCCAUGCUCUGGUCUGGGCUUCUCUUGCUCUUUGCCCAAUAUGGGGACACUCACCCUCAUCACCGGUAGUGGACACCACCCAAGGCAAAAUCCUGGGAAAGUACACCAGCUUAGAAGGAUUUGAACACCCUGUGGCAGUUUUCCUGGGAGUCCCCUUUGCCAAGCCCCCUCUUGGAUCCCUGAGGUUUGCUCCACCAGAGCCUGCAGAGCCCUGGAGCUUUGUGAAGAAUGCCACCUCCUAUCCUCCUAUGUGCUCUCAAGAUGCAGUUGCAGUACAGCUACUCUCAGAUAUGCUCAGCACCAAAAAGGAGAGCAUACCUCCCCUGUUUUCCGAAGACUGUCUCUACCUGAAUAUUUACAGCCCUGCCGAUUUGACAAAAAGCAGUCUAUUGCCUGUGAUGGUGUGGAUCCAUGGUGGUGGAUUGAUGACAGGCGGAGCAUCACUCUAUAAUGGACUAGCUCUCUCUGCCCAUGAGAACGUGGUGGUAGUAACCAUUCAAUACCGCCUGGGUAUUUGGGGAUUAUUUAGCACAGGUGAUGAACACAGCCGAGGGAACUGGGCUCACUUGGACCAGCUGGCUGCACUACGCUGGGUCCAGGAUAACAUUGCGAACUUUGGAGGGAACCCAGAUUCAGUGACCGUCUUUGGGUCAUCAGCAGGAGGUGUCAGUGUCUCUGUCCUUGUCUUAUCUCCUCUGGCCAAAAACCUCUUCCACAGAGCUAUUUCUGAGAGUAGCGUGGUCCUUGAGAAUAUAGUCAUUACUCUUGACCUUGUUGCCUGUGAUCUUUCUCAGAUGAUUGCUACUGUUUCUGGGUGUAAUGACACCUCAUCAACUGCCAUGGUUCAGUGUUUGCGCCAGAAGACAGAGAAUGAGCUCUUGGAGAUCACAGUGAAACUGGAAGUCACUAAGGUGGGAGGAGCUGCUUCAGCUAAGAAGGACAAUACCUCCAUGUCCACUGUGAUAGAUGGUGUGGUGCUGCCAAAGGCACCAGAAGAGAUCCUGGCUGAGAAGAGUUUCAGCACUGUCCCCUACAUAGUGGGCUUCAACAAGCAAGAGUUUGGCUGGAUCAUUCCAACGAUGUUGGGAGAUCUGCUCUCUGAAGGCAAAAUGAAUGAGGAAACGGCCAGUCUUCUCUUGAGGAGGUUCCACUCUGACCUUAACAUCUCUGAGAGUCUGAUUCCAGCAGUCAUUGAGAAGUACUUAAGAGGAACAGAUGACCCUGCCAAAAAGAGAGACCUUCUCCUGGACAUGUUUUCAGAUGUAUUUUUUGGUAUCCCAGCUGUGCUCUUGUCCCGUAGCCUCAGAGAUGCUGGAGUGUCAACCUAUAUGUAUGAGUUUCGGUAUCGCCCAAGCUUCGUGUCUGACAAGAGACCCCAGACGGUUGAGGGAGAUCAUGGCGAUGAAAUCUUCUCUGUAUUUGGGAUUCCAUUAUUAAAAGAGGGUACCUCAGAAGAGGAAACCAACCUCAGCAAGAUGGUGAUGAAAUUCUGGGCCAACUUUGCUCGAAAUGGGAACCCUAAUGGGGAGGGUCUGCCUCACUGGCCAGAAUAUGAUGAGAAGGAAGGGUAUCUACAGAUUGGAGCCACUACCCAGCAAGCCCAGAGACUGAAAGCAGAGGAAGUGGCUUUCUGGACUGAGCUCCUGGCUAAGAAUCCACCUGAGACAGACCCUACUGAGCACAGAGAACACAAAUGAAUGGGAGGCUCUGCCAGUCUCAGGACCAGAGGAGCGAAGAUGGAACUAUUCCACAAAGGAUGACUAUUCACCAAAGAUGGAUCUUACAGAGGAAACUGCACACUUGUACAGUGGAGAUAUUUGUAUCUCAACUUGAAAGUAAAUUUCCUUUUAGAAAUCA